AUGGCAGAGCGGUGUGGUGACCGAGAGAUGGAGCUCUCGCCUCACAAUCAGGAGGUUUUGAGCAGCUCUGCAUUAAAGGAUUUGUCUUAUGUGUUGUUGGCCUUUCAGAGAAAUGCAGGAAGCAGUUCAGAUGGAACAGAAGACUCAGAUAUCUCUACAGACCCAGAACAUACAGACAGUUCAGAAAGUGAUGGUGCAUCACGCCAGUCUGCCCGUGUGACACGAUCUUCUGCUAGGCUCAGCCAGAGUUCACAAGAUUCCAGCCCAGUUCAAAGUCCACCAUCAUUUGGAGCAGAAGACUCCCUUUAUUCUACUCGGAGAGUAACCUGCAGUCAGCAGCAGCCCACACCUGUAACUCCCAAGAAAUAUCCACUGCGACAGACUCGUUCAUCAGGUUCAGAAACCGAGCAAGUGGUUGAUUUUUCUGAUAGAGACACAAAAAAUGUAGCUGACCAUGAUGAGUCCCCACCCCGCACUCCAACUGGGAAUGCUCCUUCAUCAGAGUCUGAUAUUGAUAUCUCUAGUCCCAACAUGUCACAUGAUGAAAGUAUUGCCAAGGAUAUGUCCAUGAAAGAUUCAGGGAGUGAUCUUUCACAACGCCCCAAACGACGGCGUUUCCAUGAAAGCUAUAAUUUCAACAUGAAAUGUCCCACCCCUGGCUGCAAUUCAUUAGGACACCUAACAGGAAAACAUGAGCGACACUUCUCUAUAUCUGGGUGCCCCCUGUAUCAUAAUCUUUCAGCUGAUGAAUGCAAGGUGAGAGCUCAAAGCCGAGACAAACAAGUGGAGGAGCGGAUGCUUUCUCACCGACAGGAUGACAAUAGGCAGGCUACCAGACACCAGGCACCAACUGAAAGACAAUUGAGAUACAAAGAGAAAGUUGCAGAGGUGAGAAAGAAGAGGAAUGCAGGCUUAACUAAGGAGCAGAAGGAAAAAUACAUGGAACACAGAAAAACCUAUGGCAACACUAGAGAGCCCCUUCUAGAGAAUCUGACCAGUGAAUAUGACCUAGAGCUAUUCCGACGAGCCCAAGCAAGAGCUUCUGAAGAUCUAGAAAAGCUGCGACUUCAGGGUCAAAUAACUGAAGGCAGUAACAUGAUCAAAACAAUUGCUUUCGGCCACUAUGAACUGGACACCUGGUACCAUUCCCCGUACCCAGAAGAGUAUGCCAGGCUUGGGUGCCUCUACAUGUGUGAAUUCUGCCUCAAAUAUAUGAAGAGUCAGACAAUACUUCGCAGACACAUGGCAAAAUGUGUCUGGAAGCAUCCUCCAGGGGAUGAAAUCUACCGCAAAGGCCCAAUCUCAGUAUUUGAAGUAGAUGGGAAAAAGAACAAGAUAUAUUGCCAAAACCUGUGCCUUCUGGCAAAACUCUUCUUGGACCAUAAGACUCUGUAUUAUGAUGUUGAACCAUUUCUUUUCUACGUCAUGACAGAAGCUGAUAACACAGGAUGCCACCUAAUAGGCUAUUUUUCCAAGGAGAAGAACUCAUUUCUCAACUAUAAUGUUUCUUGCAUACUGACAAUGCCUCAGUACAUGAGGCAAGGUUAUGGUAAAAUGCUUAUCGAUUUCAGCUAUUUACUCUCCAAAGUGGAAGAGAAAGUUGGCUCUCCAGAAAGGCCCCUCUCAGACCUGGGACUUAUUAGCUACCGUAGUUACUGGAAGGAGGUUCUUCUCCGUUAUUUGCAUAAUUUCCAAGGCAAAGAAAUCUCCAUCAAAGAGAUUAGCCAAGAGACAGCUGUCAAUCCUGUCGACAUUGUUAGCACUCUGCAAGCCCUUCAGAUGCUUAAGUACUGGAAAGGCAAACACCUGGUCCUAAAAAGACAGGAUCUUAUUGAUGAAUGGAUAGCCAAAGAGGCCAAAAGGUCCAACAGCAAUAAAAUCAUGGAUCCCAGCUGUUUGAAAUGGAGCCCUCCCAAGGGCACUUAAUUAACCUGUCUCUCCAAAAAGUGUGAACAUCCCACUCGUGUGCUGCCAUCAUCACCACUCUGGGUACUUUUUGUUUUUCCAUAACUAGAAACAUCCUUUCAGAUCUUGGACAUGUGUUUGCUCUUGGUACCAGCUCUCCCUUUUCAGAUGUUCCUGCAGUGUUUCACUUCUUUUAAAACCUUUUUGACCAGACACCUUGUCCACGAGGCAAGAUUGAAAAGAUGAUAAAGUUCUGGACAAUAUUAACGUGGCCUCAAAGUACUGUAAGAUUUACUUACUCCUCCGUUAGUUAUAUGCUUGGGUUGCUUCUCAUAUUUUUAGUUUUGUAACUUGCUGCUUCUAUUGUAGCCCUCAGAUGUAGUCCACCUAUGCAAUACAGUGGGAUUGCAAAUGUGAUGGAAAGGAUCGUAUUGCUUCAUCUUGGA